AUGCAAAUUUCAUUCGGUCACCAUUGUCCCAAACUAUCUUGGAACAUCACACUAGUAGCCUGACAUGCAUCAGUGGCGCAAGCCAACCUCUAUCAAUUGUCACUUGGGAGAAGAAUGGUCGACCAAUCACUGACCAGAAGAUUAUGUCUCAACACCAUCUACUUGACCAGAAUGCAACCUCUGCAACUCUAGAGCUUAAAAACGUUUCUAUAUUGAAGGACAGUGGGUACUACAGAUGCGUUGCAACGAAUCCACUUUUACCUAACGAACAGAGAAAAAGCCAAGAAGCUUUUCUGACGGUUCAACCUAAGGACCCCCGGCCGCGCAUCGAGAUCCAUCCAGUGAACACCAUUUCCCCAAUACGCCGACCGCUCCGCCUGGACUGUGUCGUUGUUGGGGUACCACCCCCCGUCGUGUUCUGGUUACAUAACAAUGCAAGAGUCCACAACACUUCGAACAGAAAGGUUUAUCCUAACGGGUCCCUAGUGAUCUUAUCGUUAUCCCUCCCAGAUAACGGUCAUUAUUCUUGUAAUGGGACAAACAGCAAAGGCUCCGUGGCAAGUUUUGAUAUCUCUCUAAAUGUCGCUUACAUUGACUUCCAUUUCAAGAGGAAUCCCGCAAACCAAACGGUAGUGAACGGCAGUCGAGUUGAGCAGAUUUGUGAUCCACCAAAUCAUUUUCCUAAGCAGCUUCAAUUCAAAUGGUAUAGGAAUUACAGGACGCUGCGGACUGGCGGUAGAGAUACCAUUUUACCGUCCGGUAACUUAGUUAUCUCGCCUGUUUUGAAAGAAGACGAAGGCGUUUAUUUCUGUGCAGUGUGGAACGAUUUCAUGGAAACAAGGUCGUCUACGGUUGCUCAUCUCACAGUGAAUGUUCCUCCAUACUUCCUGACAAAGCCUUCGGGUCAAACAGUGAUAUUGGGUCAAACGCUUCACAUGACGUGCAAAACUGACGGAGACCCCAAGCCACAGCUGACGUGGCACCAUGGUAACAUGUUACUAGGCAACACGUCACGACUAACGUUAGGCGCUGAUGGAAGCUUGGUUUUGAGUAUCGUGAAUAGUAACGAUGCUGGACAAUACAAGUGCUCGGUCAAGAAUGUUGCUGGGGAUAGUUUCGCUUUGGCGACGGUUGUUGUUCAUGUUCCACCAAACGGUACCAUCAUGCCUAGCGACACCACGGUGGUUCUUGGAAGUAACGCCACGUUCCUUUGUCUCUUUGCUGGCCACCCUCGGCCCGUUACAAAGUGGUAUUUCAAACGAGCCAAUGAGAGAACAGUUCGUCCUGCUAAUACGUCAUCUCGAUACAUUCAAAGCGACGGGAAGUUGGUUGUUUUGAAUGUCAAUGAAAACGACAACGGAUUGUUUACUUGUGUUGGGGAAAAUGCUGUUGGCUCGCAGAAUUUUUCAGCCAGUCUUACGGUUUUAGUUCCAGCUCGCUUAGUGAAAUUCCCGCGCAAUACGACUGUGAACGAGAGCGGCGUUGCCGAUAUGACGUGUAGUAGCCAUGGACACCCAGAACCACAAGUCACAUGGUCAACAAAUGGAACCGUGCUGGCCAAUAGCAGUAGAAUAACUCUUUACGGCGGAAAUUUGCAAAUAAGGAAUGUGAAAAGAGGCGACACGGGCUGGUAUUCGUGUACUGCCCGUAAUUAUCUUAAUCAUCAAACAGCUUCAGGGUAUUUGACAGUUCAAGUUUCGCCGACGAUUCAAGCAGUUCUCGGACCUCCUCGUGUCCAAUGGAAGAAAAAGAUAUCAUUCUAUUGUAAAGCCGACGGUGUCCCUACACCAUUGGUGAGCUGGUUGAAAGAUAUGAUUCAAAUCCAAUACGACACAGAGAUCUAUGCGCAGGGGACUGGAUUACACAUCACAUCCGCUGGGCAUAACCACACUGGGAACUAUACUUGUGAGGCAUCCAAUGUGGUUGGUUCUGUCAGACAGACGAAGGAACUUAUUGUUGAAGUUCCUCCAAGUGAACCGAAUGACGUCAUAUUCGGUAAAAUUACGUCAACUUCGAUCCAAGUAUUGUGGCUGCCUGGCUUCAAUGGAUAUAGUCCUAUUACUUCGUACAAGUUAGAAAUCCGCAUGAACACUUCGGAUACCUGGAAUACGACAUCGGAUGAGACGAAAACCAAAAACUUCACGUUCGAAAGUUUAAGACCCUUUACACUGUAUCAUGUCCGCGUGUUUGCUCGCAACAAGAUAGGAUGGAGUAGGGCGAGUGAAAGUGCCAUGACUCGUACUGAUCAAGACUCUCCGUCCAGUCCAACCAAUCUCCGAUGUCAGACGAUCAAUUCCAGUGCCAUAUCCGUUAACUGGGACGAGCCUUUUCGACCCAACGGCGUUGUUCGUCAAUACAUGCUUCAGUAUGGUAACCAAAGCAACGACGAAGCAUCGACUGACGUCAGCUUAACAUCGUUGACGUAUUUUGUAAAAGAACUAAAACCGUUCACUCGGUACAGGUUUCGCGUCAGAGCGGCAACCGGAGAUCAUUCAUUGUUGUUCUGGGGGAACUAUUCUUCGUACGUGACCUGUCAGUCUGGACAAGCAGCCCCAACAAGCUCACCAAGAUUUUUACGUUUGUCCCCAUUGGGACCUAAAUCGAUCAAGGCUACAUGGCAGGAAAUUCCCAGGGGUUCAGAGAAUGGUAUUGUGAUGGGCUAUGACCUUCAGUACAGAAAACCGAGUGAUCAGAAUUUUACAGAAAUAUUCGUUAUCGGAAAUGGUACACUUGAAUGCAAUAUAACAAAUCUGGAUCCAUAUUCUGUAUAUGAGGUCAGGGUUGUCGCCAAGACUGUUGCCAGGGGUAUUUGGGGUUCCUGGGUGGCUUCGCGUACAUUGGAGAGUGUUCCAUCCGGGAGACCACGCAAUGUCAUCGUUAAUGCAAUAAGUUCGAGCAACCUGUCAGUGAACUGGGACCCACCACUUUUGGAGAGGCAAAAUGGCGUAAUACGCGGUUAUGUAGUGUUUUACAAAUUGACAAAUUCUUCAGAAGUACCUAGGAAUGAGACGACAGCAAACAGGACAAGCGUAGAACUAUCUGGGUUGAUGAUAUUCACGAGUUACACGGUGCAGAUACGAGCUUUUACAAAAGUUGGGCUUGGACCGCAUAGUGAUGAGUCCAUGAAUAGAACUUUGGAAAGCUUUCCAGGUCCUGUGGCAAAUCUAAUUCAAAAUAUAACCACAAGUUCAAUCAUAGUAUCCUGGCAACCUCCGCGUACCCCAAAUGGUAUUAUCACUCAUUACACGACGUAUUUAAACAUUACCACUGUUCGCAUGUAUCGUCGACACGAAACUAACGUCACCAUGUACAACGUGACGAGUCAGUCACGAGAGAUAACUACGGUGGUUACACGAGUCGUGCUCAAUGGUCGCUAUGGAAACGUGACGUAUUCUCUCUGCGUGGCGGCGCGAACGAGUGUCGGUUAUGGGCCAUGCUCUCCUAAUCUUGCUUUUACGACAAAUUUUACGAAGAAGCCAUUCUCUCAAGAUGAGAGGUUCACGUCUUCGAUAGUGGACGAUCAUUUGCCUCUCAUAGCUGGUGGGGCGGCCAUUUUGUUUGUUUUUAUCAUUGCUAUCACCGUAUGCUGCUUCAUUAAACGAAAGAAAAGAAUGAAAGACGGUAAAGAAAUAAAACAGUCGUUUAAUUUUCAAAGAGGUGCAUUUUCAAUGGAUUCGUUUGACGAUGGAGAGUCUUCGUACGUUUCUCACAGUUCUAAACCCAUCAACGCUUAUUCGGUCGAGUCCAGCAGUGUUCAUAGCCAAACUAAUCCAAACAAUGCUUACGCCAUUCCGGAAGGCCACGACGGCCCUCGAUUGGGUCGCCUUCGGAACAACUCGAUAACACUCGGCUCUGAAGCGAGCAGUUACGACGCGCCAUAUUCAACGAUCGCCGAAAUCGGAAUUGACCCAGCAACUGUCACCACCCCCGUGGGUACGCCGUGCGCUGAGGGGAACCCGCGGCAAUUUGUUAACGCUUUGUACACGGAACGGGAACUCGAGGACGACAAGGGUGAAACAGGGACACUCGACUCAUGCACGGCAUUUAAUCCCGUAUACGAACCCAGCUAUCCUCAGCAAGCCUACGACGAAGGUGUAUCAUUGCAGGAAGAAAACGCGCAGGGGGGAUGGGAAGAUUUUCCCGAGGGUGAAGGUCCAGCUAGUUUACACACGUACGGCGUUUUAGUUCUGCCUCCACCUCCCCCGGAAUAUUCAGACUACAGCGAGGACACAGAUGAGUUUCCACAUGCCUACACGAACGCUGUGACGGACUUUUGAUGUUUUCCCAUGAUCUCGAGAAAAUACGAAAUAUUGUUUUUCAACCGGCGAAUUUAACAAGAUUUUAGGAUCUAAGAAAAGCUCGGCAGGGAGGAAUAUUUAAUGUAUUAUUCUAAAAUGUUCUUUGUCUUCAGAUUAUUCGUAUCCUGCUCGAAACAUCCUUCUCCACACUAAAACAUUUGCAUAUUUGAAUUCUGAGAACACCGAAAUAUAUUAUUUUUUUAUAAUAUUGUUUUUAAACCGAUCGUAC